AUGACUGUGAUAAUAGGGCUGAAGCAAUCCAUGACACAGACAAAUGGGCAACUGGCACAACUGAUCCCGACCUUAGCGCAAAGUGCCAGGCAGACGACCCAUCACAACCAGGGAGACGUUGAUGCAUUAGAAGAAAGUAAGUAUUUUUGGGCUUUCAAACGUCGAGACCCCAAAGUAUUCGAGGAAAAAUCCAAGGACCCUGACGUAGCUGAAUUAUGGUUGUCGGCUAUUGAUGAAAUUUUUCGACGCAUGAAGUGUCUGGAGGAACAUAGACUGAGUUGCGUGACCUAUUUGUUACGCGAAGAUGCUAAACUGUGGUGGCAAUCAGCCUCUCGGGCGAUUACUGCAGACAAGGAUGACAUCACCUGGAUGCAGUUUAGAAAAGCGUUUCUCCGAAAAUACUUCAAACCAUUGGUGCGAUAUAAGAAGCAACGCGAAUUCCUAAGCAUAGAGCAGGAAAACAGGUCAGUAGAGGAGUAUGAACGAGAGUUCACCCGUUUGUCUCGUUUCGCCCCAAUAAUGGUCUCAACAGAAGUGCUGAAAGUAGAAUGUUUUGUUAUGGGUUUGCGGCCCGAUGUCUGA